CGGAUGCCACCCAGGCGACCAUCCAGCUCGCCAACCGUCUCGUGGGAGGGCUUGCUAGCGAAAACGUCCGCUGGGCAGAAGCUGUUGCAGAGUUCAUGCAACAGGCCACCACGCUACCGGGAGACAUUUUGCUUGUGACGGCAUUCAUCUCGUACGUUGGGUGCUUCACCAAGCAGUUCCGGCUGGAUAUGAUGAACAAAAUGUGGCUACCGUUUUUGCGUGCACUUGAACCGGCCGUACCCAUCACAGACAGCCUUGAUCCGCUCCGUUUGCUAACGGAUGAUACGCAGAUAGCCACCUGGCAGAAUGAGGGCCUGCCGAGCGAUCGAAUGUCCAUUGAGAAUGCGACCAUUUUGUCCAACUCCGAUCGCUGGCCACUGAUGAUUGAUCCACAGCUGCAAGGCAUCAAGUGGAUCAAGCAGAAGUACGGUGAUACGCUCAAGGUUAUUCGUCUGGGGUCCAAGGGUUACUUGGAGGUGCUGGAAAAAGCUCUGGCAAAGGGUAGCACGGUAUUGAUUGAAAACAUCUCCGAAAAUGUCGAUCCCGUGCUGGAUUCACUGCUUGGGCGUAACCUGAUCAAGAAAGGACGGGCUAUUAAAAUCGGUGACAAAGAGGUUGAGUAUAACCAAAAAUUUCGACUCAUUCUUCAAACCAAGCUGGCCAAUCCGCACUACAAACCGGAGAUGCAGGCCCAGACCACGUUGAUCAAUUUCACCGUCACCAGGGACGGUCUGGAGGACCAGCUGCUGGCGGAAGUGGUCAAAGCCGAACGGCCGGACCUCGAGGAGCUGAAGGCGGAUUUAACGAAGCAACAGAACGAUUUCAAAAUCAUGCUCAAGCGGCUGGAGGAUGAUUUGCUUUCCCGACUGUCAUCGGCCGGUGGCAACAUUCUCGGCGAUACGGCGUUGGUUGAGAAUUUGGAAACGACCAAAAAGACGGCCGCGGAAAUCGAGGAAAAAGUGUCCGAAGCAAAGAUUACGUCGAAGGAGAUCGACGAAGCCCGGGAACACUAUCGCCCGGCGGCGGCCCGGGCCAGCUUGCUGUACUUCAUUCUCAACGACCUGAACACCAUUAAUCCGAUUUACCAGUUCUCGCUGAAGGCGUUUAGCGUCGUGUUUCAGAAAGCGAUCUCCAAGGCGGAUGCCGCCGAAGAAGUGCCGCUGCGCGUUCGAAACCUGAUCGAUUGUAUUUCCUUUUCAGUGUUUCAAUACACGACCCGCGGGUUGUUUGAGUGCGACAAGCUGAUUUUCAUGUCCCAAAUGACCUUCCAGAUUCUAUUGAUCAACGAAGAAAUCACGCCGGCCGAGCUGGACUUUCUGUUGCGAUUCCCGAUCAAACCGCACGUCACGUCGCCGGUCGAUUUUCUUACCAACACCGCCUGGGGCGGUAUCUGCAGUUUGGCCUCGAAGGACGAAUUUCGUAACCUUGACCGGGACAUCGAAACGUCGUCGAAGCGAUGGAAGAAACUCAUCGAAUCCGAGUGCCCGGAGAAGGAAAAGUUUCCGCAGGAGUGGAAAAACAAAACGGCCCUACAGCGCCUGUGUAUGAUGCGUGCACUGCGCCCGGAUCGGAUGACGUACGCCAUGACGGAUUUCAUAGAGGAAAAGCUGGGCGCCCGAUACGUUGAGAACCGCACGAUGGAGUUUGCCAAGUCGUUCGAGGAAACUAGCCCCUCAACGCCGAUAUUCUUCAUCCUGUCGCCCGGUGUCAAUCCGCUGAAGGACGUGGAAACACUGGGCAAGCACUUGGGCUUCUCGGCUGACAACGGGAACUUCUAUAACGUAUCUCUCGGCCAGGGCCAGGAAGUGGUGGCCGAAGCGGCAAUGGAUAAGGCCGCGUCCUCUGGCCACUGGGUGAUUUUGCAGAACAUUCAUUUGGUCAAAAAGUGGCUGCCGGCGUUGGAGAAAAAGUUGGAAUUCUACUCCGAAGGUUCGCACGAGAACUAUCGUGUUUUCAUGAGUGCCGAACCGGCAGCUACGGCUUCGGCCCAUAUCAUUCCCCAGGGCAUUCUGGAGUCGUCGAUCAAGAUCACCAACGAGCCGCCGACCGGCAUGCAGGCCAACAUACACAAGGCGCUCGAUAACUUCUCCCAGGAAACGCUGGAAAUGUGCGGCAAAGAGGCCGAGUUCAAAGUAAUCCUUUUCUCUCUGUGCUACUUCCACGCCGUCGUCGCCGAGAGGCGCAAGUUUGGACCGCAGGGUUGGAACAAAAUUUACCCGUUCAACGUGGGAGACCUCAACAUUUCCGUGUCCGUGUUGUACAACUAUCUGGAGGCGAACACGAAAGUACCGUGGGAAGAUUUGCGCUACCUGUUCGGGGAAAUCAUGUACGGCGGGCACAUCACCGACGAUUGGGACCGGCGUACGUGCAUCACCUACCUGGAGGAGCUGAUGCAGCCCGAUCUGGUGGACGGAGAGCUGUUCCUGGCGCCGGGAUUCGCGGCCCCGCCCAACACGGAUUACGCCGGCUACCACGCGUACAUUGACGAAGCAAUGCCGCCGGAAUCACCUUAUCUGUAUGGUUUGCACCCAAACGCUGAGAUCGGUUUUCUCACGACCACCUCAGAGAAUCUAUUCCGGACGGUGUUCGAAAUGCAACCGCGUGACGCCGGCUCCGGCUCCGGGACGACCGUGACGCGCGAGGACAAGGUGAAGCAGGUGCUGGACGAAAUCAUGGAGAAGCUGCCGGAGGAGUUUAACAUGCCGGAAAUCAUGGGAAAAGUGGAGGAGCGCACACCGUACGUGAUCGUAGCAUUCCAGGAGUGCGAACGUAUGAACUACCUUACCGGUGAGAUUAAGAGAAGCUUGAAAGAACUUGACCUUGGUAUGAAGGGCGAACUCACCAUCACGUCCGAUAUGGAAGAUCUGGAGAAUUCUCUCUUCCUUGAUCAGGUGCCUACCGUAUGGGCUUCUCGUGCCUACCCUUCGCUGUUAGGCCUCACCGGGUGGUUCGUGGAUUUGCUACUUCGCCUACGUGAACUCGAGACGUGGUCUGCCGAUUUUGUGCUCCCCAUUUCCGUGUGGUUGGCCGGAUUUUUCAAUCCACAGUCGCUGCUAACAGCCAUCAUGCAGUCGACGGCGAGAAAGAACGAGUUGCCGCUCGACAAGAUGUGCCUCCACUGUGACGUGACCAAGAAGCAAAAGGACGACUUUUCGGCUGGUCCCAGGGAAGGUGCCUACGUCCAUGGUAUAUUCAUGGAGGGAGCGCGCUGGGACACUCAGCAGGGCAUCAUCAUGGAGUCGAAGCUGAAGGAACUCUACCCCCAGAUGCCGGUCAUAAAUAUUAGGGCACUAACCCAGGACAAGCAGGACCUGCGAAACAUGUACGAAUGUCCGGUCUAUAAGACCCGCACGCGUGGCCCAACGUACAUUUGGACAUUCAAUUUGAAAACCAAGGAUAAACCAGCCAAAUGGACGCUCGCUGGUGUUGCUUUAUUGUUACAAGUUUAA